UGGGUGUGCCUUGCAGGCCCUACAUGUCCGAGGGAACGCUGAGGGAUCAGGUGAUCUAUCCAGACUCUGUGGAGCAGAUGGCCAACAAAGGAAUGACAGACUCGUGUCUGAAGGAGAUCCUUUGCACCGUGCACCUUCUCUACAUCUUGGAGAGGGAGGAAGGUUGGGAGUCAGUCAACGACUGGAAGGACGUCCUGUCAGGAGGAGAGAAGCAGCGUAUGGGAAUGGCUCGCAUGUUCUACCACAAGCCCAGCUACGCUCUGCUGGAUGAAUGCACCAGCGCCGUGAGUAUCGACGUGGAAGGCAGCAUCUUCCAGGCUGCAAAGGAGGCUGGGAUAUCCCUGCUCUCAAUCACCCAUAGACCCUCCCUCUGGAAGUACCACUCUCACAUCCUGCAGUUCGAUGGCGAAGGCGGCUGGCGCUUUGAGCGUCUGGACGCAACCACUCGUUUGUCUCUGCAGGAAGAAAAGCGGCGUCUGGAGAGCCAGCUGUCAGGAAUCCCCAAGAUGCAGCAGCGUCUGUCUGAGCUCUAUGUCCUGCUGGGGGAGGGGCAUCGUGAGGCCCCACCCAACCAGCACGCUGCUCUCUCCUGAGAUAUCCCAUGCAUAGGAUGAUGGGGCCUUCACGAGACUCUACCGUACGUGACGAAGGAUUGUUUUUCAACAAGACAACUUGAGUAUUUGUGUUUAAAAAUGUUUUUAAAAAAUCCAACCAGCUUCCUGGUGACUACCUUUAUUUUUAGAAGCUUUUCAAAAUAAAAGUUUGCGAAGGGACAUUGAUUGACAA